AUGCCCCGACAUUCACCUGUCGUAUGCUAUCACGUUACCUUCGGCGGAUGCCCACCGAGCACCAUCGCACUCGACGUUCGCCCGUCAUUGUUUCAUCACUGUCACAUUCGAGUCCACGCGAUAUCGACACAAGGCGAACAGGACACGAUGAUCACCACCACGAGCCAAGUCAUCUCGUUCAUUUGCUGCGUCUUGCUGCCGUUGCCGUUGCUGGCUAAGGCGGAGAUGCUGAGAGCACGGGAGACGGGCCAGGCGAACGUCACACCGACGAUGUACGUGGCGCCUCCCGUCUACUACACCGUCAUUGACGGCAUAGGAUAUCGUCCGAACUAG